UAAAGUCUUUGUUUAGCGCUAAAAAAGAGUGGAUAAAGUUGGAAAAGUGGUGCACGGCAAUACAAUGUAAUAUGAUCCCUUUUUUGUUCAAAUAAGUAGUAUCUAUAGCUAUAAUAGAUCCAGACUGUUGGCAUCAAAUGAUUUGUUGUUAUGGUUUUCGUUACAGAAUUACGGAAACACCGUGUUUAUCACGUCCUCGAUAGCCCAAAAUGGAGACACAGUUCCGAGUACGGAUAAAAAUAAAAAUGGCAGAACAAUCGAGACAGCGUUGCUAUAUACAAACGCACGCUGUUAAUAUAAUUCUUUUUGAGCGGGACGGCAGAUCAAAACCAGCUAAGUGAUUCUUCUUUUUUAUUGGGAAUAUCCCUGUUUAAUUCCUCAAACUUUGAAGGUGCCUGUCUUUUUUGAAUUGUCGUAAAUAUUUAGUUACGUGUUAUUCUCGUUGUUUUUAUCAUCUGUUGUUUAUAUUGUUAUUGUUGUGUGUUCUUUUUGUGUGUGUGAAGUUUGUCUUUUUUUCCCUUCAAAGUUCUUUUUAACUAACAACUGGGUAUGGGAUCUCAACAGAAGGAAUACUUGAGUUCCAUUGGGUGGGAGGAUUCCUGGAUUUUUAAGGAAAAUUUUCCUUCUGUAACUAGGGUGGGGGAUCCAAAAAAAAUUACAAAUGGUGUAAUUUUUGCUUUACUUAAUAAAUUUAGCCAGAGUUUUUUAGUUUUGUAUAGUUUUGUACAGCUUUUGCUCCCAGUAGGUUUUGAUUUGCCUCCUUUUAAUACAUUUAAAAAUUUGGCUAAGAUGUGUAGAAAAAACAUGUUAAAAAAAGAUUCAAAAAUCAGAAACAAAGAUUUGCCUUUUUUCCCGACCGUACAACUGUCGCGCGCGCCAAAUCCACCAUCUCCCGAUCCCUUCGCUACUGAAAGAAUCAGAUAUGAAACAAGGCUUCAAGAUUUUUUAAAUAGGAAUCAGCAGUUAUCUGCUGAAAAUGGCCAGUUGGUGGAAAAAAUUGAUGACUUAACGUCUCGGUUAAGUAAACUUGAAGCUGAGUUUCAGACUUUGCGGGAUAGGAAUGAGACCUUGCAGUCUCAUUUAGGCCAGGUUAGUGGCACUUUGAAGGGUAAGGACGUGUAUCUCACGGAAAUUUCUAAUAAGUUAGCAUCCACGCAAAAAAAGUUCGCGACAGCCUCAAAAACUAUCAAGGGUCUACGUCAGUCUACUUUUCAGGCUAAAGCUUCUUUGUGUCGUUGUAGUGGGAGAGAUGACCACGAUCUCAUUUUUGUUAAGUCGUAUGAGGCCGAAAAUUCCUCCAUAUUUGAAGGUAUUUUUAUAACAAAAGAUGGAGGUCCCCUUAAACAUAAGACUACUUUUGUCAACUUAGGCAGGCGUGGUAAGUCCAACUCAGAAUUGUCACAACGCGAGCUGCGUAGGAGAUCCAACCUGUGCAUGCGCGUGCUUAGUUUCGUUUCAGGUGAUGGGAAGGUGGAAGAAGUUUCGAUGCUUUUGAUGAAUCUGCUGCAGAAGAUCCCGUCUCUUGCACAUAUAGCUGCAGAGAUGUCAGGUAUUAUCAAACCUCUGUCUCCCUCUGAUGCUGUCCAACUAAGGUGCCUUUUAAGGAUGCCCACUGCUGCAUUUCGUAGGUUAAGGUGUGUUUUAACAAAUCUUGGUGCUCCUAUUUUGCCAUCUGAGCCCAAGAUGAGAGUUGAGCAAGUGAAGCUGACAAAACAUGCAAAUGAGAACACUGUUUCUGUGAAGCUAGUUGAUCUCUUUGCUAGUGCGGAUGAUUCUUCCUGCUCGCCUACUCCUGUACUAAGGGUCACUGACUUGAAACAAUAUGUUACUGAUGUUUUUGUAGAUCUUAAGACACGUAAUCAUGUGCGUUUUGAUGACUUUGGUGGAGAUAUUUGGAUUGUUUUUGGAGGGGACAAAGUUCCAGUAAACAAGUUCAGUUCCUUUUCAAAGUUUAAAAUUAGUAUUACGAUCAAAGUUUUCUACAAACAGUAAGUGAUUUCUACGCUAUUAAUCCAUCUGAAGAUAUAUUUAUUUUAUAUCAUAAAAGAUAGUUACAAUGAUGUAGAUUGUAUUCUCUUUAGUUCCAGUAAACAAGUUCAGUUCCUUUUACAAAGUUUAGAAUUAGUAUUAUGAUCAUCAAAGUAUUCUGCACAAGGUAACACUAUAAAUCCAUUGGCUGGCUCACUGUUGCUUUUGUACUUGCAAAUACUGUCUCUUUAUAAUCUAGAAAUAAUUAGACUCUUAUUUUAUAUUUAGAUUUCUGCAUGGAAGACUUCGAAGAUUAAAUUAUUACAAUGUAUAUAUAUUUAGAUUGUAUAAAUUAAAAAAUAUUUUAUUUACAAAAAAGUUCUGUAAAUUUUUGAAAAAUUAUAUAUUUUGUACACUAUACAA